GUAAAACUCAGGUUUAAAGCGGCGUGGUUCAGGAACACAUUAAGCACCUAAUCCUUGUUGUAAAACUUAUUUAUUAGGUAGGGCUGCUAGGAGCUUACCCUGCUGCCCGUCCCUUCCUACAGACGGGUUACAGCCAAUAAUGGCAAGCCUACCUCAGGCCGCAGGAAGGAAUCGACGUGCCGCACUACACAGCAUCAUACCUACCUUGUUCGAGGUGAGAUAAGACCGAUCGCCCCAGGAUUCUUUUACUUUCUAAGGACCGUUUCAACCCGGAGCUUACCUCCAAAUUUCAAAUCGAUACGGACUAUCAAUCUCAACUCGUCUAUCCGAUUGUCCAAGCAUCAUGGCAUCGGAUAGCGUGCAGGUCAUACAAUACCUCGUCGACACUCGGCCUUUAUGGCCAAAAGCGACCAAGACGAAGGAUCUCGAAAAUGAGGCCGCCCGCGCCCUAGCGCUCCUCACCGACGAGGAAAAGACUAAAGUACUACGGUACUACUUUGUCGCGGACGCUAAAAUGUCACUCACGUCGCACCUGUUGAAACACUGGGUCGUCGCGCGGUACGCCAACGUGCCCUGGUGGGACACCAAGCUCACGCGCGACGACAAGACGAAGCCCGUGUACGUGGACCCAACCACGGGGAAACAGCCCGUCGCUUUCAACGUCAGCCAUCAGGCCGGACUAGUCGCGCUCGUCGCUGUGGCUGGGUACUCUACCACCAAAGAGAACGGGGAAACGGGCAAGGGGGAAGAGGUCAAUAUCGGCACGGACAUAGUAUGCACGAGCGAGCGGCGCACGCGCGACCACAGGGUCAUCGAUACGGAGGGCUGGGGCAAGUUCGUCGAUAUGCACGCGGAUGUGUUCGGCCGCGGCGAGGCUAGGUAUCUCAAGGGCGACUUGCUGAGUACACAGCCUGGCCUCCCGUCGCUAGCCCGCGGAGACGAGAUCACGGAUUUUAAGCUCAGGUGCUUUUAUACGCUGUGGUGUCUGCGCGAGGCGUAUGUGAAGAUGACGGGGGACGCGUUGUUGGCGCCGUGGUUACGGGAUUUGGAGUUUCGGCGGUUUAGAGCGCCCGUGGGGGGUUUGGAGUUUGGGCAGGUUAGGGAGGAGGAGGAGGGGAGGGAGGGGGAGGUUGUGAUGGAUCAGGAGGUUUGGUUUCGGGGGGAGAGGGUUGUGGAUGCGAGGAUUGUUAUGAGGAGUUUGGGCGAGGAUUAUAUGACUUGUACGGCGGUUAGGACGCCUGUGAGGAAGGAGGACGCGCUGGGGUGGAAGGUAGGGCCGUUUGAGUUUUUGGAGAUGGAGACGGUGUUGGGGGAUGCGGAGGCGAGGUUGGGGUGAGGUGCGGUGAGUGAGGUAACGGAUGGUACGGUUGGUGAUGGGUGCUGUUGCGUAUUGUAUUACGAGGGCUUGAGGGCUGGGUUGGUGGCUUAGGGUACGGGUUACGAUUACGAAGCUGGUUAGGCGUGUAUGAUUUCAAAUACGAUGUCUGGAUGUUUCGCUUACCUACAUAGAGGCUUAGAUUUCAACGUGUUCUGGUCAUUGGAUCGCAUUCUUUCCAUCUAAUGUACCUAACUUCGAGUGUUUCUCCGCCGGAUCUCAAGUCCGUAGGAUCGCUCGAUUUGAGGCGCAAAUAUGGUGUGGUAUACUAGCUGAAAUAAGGAGGGUUAUGGUCGCAUCGUAGCGCACCCG